AUGGCGACCGUCAAGGAAGCCGUAAAAGAGUCCCUACUGGGUUCGACGGCUCCUUCAAGCUUAUCCACGGAGUCGCGCAUGACUUUUUUGAGACACUCAAACAAAGAUCAAGAUGGAGAGCUUUACAUGAAUGAGGAGGAUUUUAUCAAUGCCAUCGCGCCUCCAGAAGAAGACUAUCACAAAAUUAAACGGGAACAAUAUGGCAUCCUCUUCGGUGUCGCCGACCGUCAUAAGCGCGGGAAAAUCACCAUGUCAGAAUGGGCCGCCUUUGACAACCUCCUGGCCAAGUCCGAUGCAGAGUAUGAAAUCGCAUUCCGAUUGUUCGAUGAAGAUGGCACAGGUUCAAUCAAGUCAGACACCUUCCAGAAGAUCUACGAGCAAAACAGAGGCCAAGAAAGUAUCCCCUUCGACUUCAACUCAGAGUGGGCUUCACUGUACAUUGGUGGGAAAAAAAAGAGGCAUGAAAUGACCUACCCGCAGUUUGCGCAGAUGAUGCGUGGUCUGCAGGGUGAGCGCAUUCGACAAGCCUUCCAUUUGUAUGACAAGGAUAAGGAUGGGUACAUUGACCCGAAGGAUUUCGAGCGAAUCAUUCGGGCAACUGCAGGACAUAAGUUGUCCGACCAUCUACUGGAGCACCUCCCAACCUUGUGCAAUAUCUCAUCAGGAACAAAGAUCUCAUACGCAAACGUCCGCGCCUUUCAGAACGUCAUCCGUGAAAUGGAUCUUCUCGACCUCAUCAUCCGCAAUGCGACAUCAAAGUCCCCGGACGGCAGGAUCGACCGCACAGAUUUCCUCAAUGAAGCCGCCCGGUUGACGCGAUUUUCUCUCUACACUCCCAUGGAGGCCGAUAUCUUGUUCCACUUUGCCGGCCUCGACUCACCUUCGGGACGCUUGAGUCUGGAUGACUUCGCCAAGGUGUUGGAUGCGAGCUAUCAAACAGCCGGUGCAAAGUUGAACGCAGUGGCCGAAGUUGCCGACCGGGCCAUGUCCAAAUCCCAACAAUUUCUUCGCAGCUUGCUCGAGUCUGCACAUCACUUCGGUCUUGGUUCCAUUGCUGGUGCAUUUGGUGCUUUCAUGGUCUAUCCGAUCGAUCUGGUCAAGACUCGUAUGCAAAACCAGCGGAGCACGCGUCCCGGUGAACGACUUUACGAAAACUCAAUCGACUGUGCGCGCAAGGUAAUACGAAAUGAGGGCAUCCGUGGAUUGUACUCGGGUGUUUUGCCUCAGUUGGUCGGGGUUGCUCCGGAAAAGGCCAUCAAGCUCACGGUGAACGAUCUCGUGCGAGGACGAUUUACAGACAAACAGACUGGCAAGAUCCAGCUCUGGGCGGAGAUUUUCGCUGGUGGUUCGGCAGGGGCUUGUCAAGUGGUCUUUACCAACCCGCUCGAAAUCGUCAAAAUCCGUCUACAGGUUCAAGGCGAAUUGGCCAAGAAAUCCGAUGCGGUCCCAAAACGUAGCGCGAUGUGGAUUGUUCGAAAUCUCGGUAUCCUGGGUCUGUACAAAGGUGUAACAGCCUGCUUGCUGCGCGACGUCCCUUUCUCGGCCAUCUAUUUCCCCACGUACAGUCAUCUCAAGAGAGAUUUCUUUGGCGAAUCACCCACCAAGUCAUUGGGCGUAGUGCAGCUUCUGACUGCCGGUGCCAUUGCUGGUAUGCCAGCCGCUUAUCUGACGACCCCUUGCGAUGUGAUCAAAACUCGACUGCAGGUGGAAGCCCGUAAAGGAGAAGCAACCUACAACGGUCUUGGAGAUUGCGCACGCAAGAUCCUCAAGGAAGAAGGCUUCAAAGCGUUUUUCAAGGGCGGCCCUGCACGUAUCCUCCGUUCAUCACCGCAAUUCGGCUUCACACUGGCUGCGUACGAAGUCUUAUCGACGCUACUCCCAUUCCCUGGCUCCGAAGAGGCAGACAAAGUCAAGUUGCAUGGCGGUGUCACGGGCGUGGCCGGCAGAGUGGAACCGGGCGUAGGCCUUAGAGAGGCAAAGGCCCCGUUGCCCUACCUGCGGAGUCGCAACGCGUUGAAGAUCCUGCUCGACCUGGACGUUAACUUCGGCCGGGUCAAGCCGAGUAAAGAAGCUGGGAGCCUGAUGCAGCAACAUGCCAUGGCAGCAGCAGCGAGCAAAGAAGCCGUCCAGAAGGGCGUUGGCUGGUUCGGGAGGAAAUUGUAA